AUCUGAAAAUCCCAAAUGCGAGAGCAGCGCGAAAUUUAAUUCUUAGGGUUAAGGUUUUAACCCGCAGGGGGUUCGAUUUCGUUCUCCAUUUUCGCGUUGCACUCUCAUCGGCAACAUAUUUUCGUUCCGAUACUUGGAUUUCCAUGGCGACGGCAACAGUGAAUGCUCCACCAAAGAGGAAGCCUGUGUUUAUAAAAGUAGAAGAGCUAAAGCCUGGUACCAGCGGCCACACUCUCACGGUCAAGGUGGUGAGCUCCAAAAAUGUGAAGGCUGUCAAUAAAGGUGGACGAUCCACUGUGAUUGCGGCUCGCCCUCAGCAAUUAACUCGAAUCUCUGAAUGUCUUGUUGGUGAUGAGACUGGUUGCAUCGUCUUCACAGCUCGAAACGACCAAGUUGAUAUCAUGAAGCCAGGAAACACUGUGACCCUGCGGAAUGCAAAGAUCGACAUGUUUAAAGGUUCUAUGAGGUUAGCAGUAGAUAAGUGGGGUCGAAUUGAAGUCGCUGAACCAGGCAACUUUGAGGUUAAAGAGGACAACAAUCUGUCACUGGUUGAAUAUGAAUUGGUUAAUGUUGAAGAAUGAGUUCCAACAAUGCAGUGUUAAAUGUCAAUUAUCAUGGAUUUACUUUCUAUUGUGUGGUGACCGUACUGCUAUUUAACUGGUAUCCGUUUUAUAUGGCAACACAAAUCUUGGCAAGGGUAAUAUAAGUUGAUUAUUGCUGUGUGCCUACUAAGUUCUACAUGCUUAAUUUGGAUCCUAAUGUGAUAAAGAUCUGAAAAGAGAACUGCAAUUGUUACUUUCUGGUCUUAUUAGUAGGAAAAGUAAAUAGAAAGUUUUCUCGAUGUA